UGUCCCUCGGACACAGCGGAUCACCGAUCGAUGGAAAGAGCCAAAAAUGUCGGCUCGGUCAUGUGAUCAGCUGUGUCCAAUCACAGCUGAUCACAUGGGACAUGUGCACUGAUCAUCAGCGCACUGAUGAUCAGUGUGCCCUGAUGAUCAGUGUGGCCCCAGAAGUGCCACCUGUCAGUGCCCAUCAAUGCCACCUGUCAGUGCCCAUCAAUGCAACCUGCCAGUGCCCAUCAGUGCCACAUCAAUGCAACAUAUCAGUGCCUACCAGUGCACAUCAAUGCCACAUAUCAGUGCCCAUCUGAGCUGCCUUUCAGUGUCACCUAUCAGUGCUGCCAGUCAGUGCCGCCUAUCAGUGCCAGUCAGUGCCGCCUAUCAGUGCCAGUCAGUGCCGCCUAACAGUGCCAGUCAGUGCCACCUAAGAGUGCCAGUCAGUGCCACCUAUCAGUGUCAUAUAUGAGUGCUGCCUCUCAGUG